UCCGCUCAUCCACCAGCUCUCUUCAGCCCAGCCAGUCAUCGGGCUCACUUCCUCUCGUCCGCCAUGCUGGUCAUGGCCCCACGCGCAGCGGAGCUGGCGCCCACGUCGUCCAGACUCCCGUCGUCCACGUCUCCAGCCUUUAAACCCGCGAAUGUGCCGACCAACAGCGCGAAAACUAGCCUAAACGAAACGCCAGCCAAUGGUACAUUGCUCCCUUUCAAGGCGCAAUGCAAAUCGGCUGUUGCUUUGGUGAGCGAGCGGCGCAUUGACUUCGUUCGUGCCAAGAACGUGCGUGUGAUCGGCCGGUUGGACGGCAACUCGAGUGACGUCAAGCCCAAGAAGAAAGAGGCAAAAGAAAUAACCAGCUCCGAGGCGGUGGAGCGAGUGCUGGCAUGGCAACACUCGAAGAAAAUCGGCCCGGGCUUCGCCAAUUUGGGCAACACUUGCUACCUCAACUCGGUGUUGCAGUGUCUGACCUACACUCCGUGUUUCGCGCAGUUCCUGUUGGACAAGGACGUUUUUGCCUCCUUUAACAACGGAGCUUUGCCGUCGACCGGCAACAAAUUCAACAAAAAAGUCGGCAAACAUGGCUUCAGUGGCAAUGGUGGCAACGGGUUUUGCAGUGUGCGCGCCAUGUCGAGACUGUUGCAAUCAGUGCACGGCAACAACGCCGUGCGGGUGUUGCAACCCAAGGAGCUGGUGAUGAACGUACGCCACAUUUCCAAGAGUUUUCGCAUUGGGCGACAGGAAGAUUCGCACGAGUUUUUCAGACUGCUGCUGGAUUCCAUGCAGCGUUCGUGUCUGCGCAAGGCGCACAUCAAGAGCGAAAGCCACUCGGCAGCGUCCACGACGUUUGUGCACCGCAUGUUCGGCGGCAAAUUGAAAAAUUAUCUCAAAUGUGCCAAGUGCGGGUUCGUUUCCGAACGGUUCGACGAUUUUCUGGAUUUGUCACUGGAAAUUUCGAACGGUGUCCACAGUGUCAAAGGUGCGUUGCGUCAUUUCACUGCCAUGGAGAAACUGGACGAGCACAACGCAUGGAAAUGUUCCAGUUGUGGCAAACCCAGUCGCGCCGAAAAGGGGCUUUCGAUCGCCGAAUGUCCCAAUGUGUUGAUGAUUCAACUGAAGCGCUUUGACCUCAUGUUUGGCAAAAUUAAGCGCCAUAUCGAGUUCCCUCGCUCGCUGGAUAUUGGCUCGGGAAUGAGCAAAACUUGCGAAGAUCGUCGUCGUGGCCGUACUAAGUACGAGUUGCAUGCUGUGCUGGUUCAUGCGGGGUUUUCAACCGACUGUGGACACUACUACGCCUUCGUCAAGGGCUCGUCGGGUCAGUGGUACGAAAUGAACGACGAUUCUGUGCGAUGGGUGAGUUUAGACACAGUGUUGCAACAGAAAGCGUACAUGCUUUUCUACUCGAGAGUGUUGCCUCCUUCGGAACGUCCGAAAUCGAAGGCGAAGGAGGAAGAGGAGGCGAAAUCUAAAGCCAAAGAGCUCGUGGAGGCAGCUAAAAAGGAGGAAAUACCCGAAAAAAUGGCUGCAUCGAAGACAGUACUAGCCAAAACGAAGGAACUGGACAUGAACGGGUUCCUUGCCAGUCUGAAGACCACAGUGACUGAUACCGAAGGUGACAAACCUUUGGUUGUGAUUCCUGCCAAACACAAGACGGUGGUGACUUUCAAGGUCACAGCAAAGGCGUCGAACGACACGCCAGUCGUUGCACGACCCCGAAUGAAGCGCUCAUUAACGCUUAGUUUCGGUGGUCGUGUUGGUCGGCUCCAUCGAUUUGGACAAACCUCGUGGAAAUCUUGUCCGCGUCUUGUGAUGACCCGAACGGUCCAGGAAUUGCCGGAAAAGUCCAUCGAAUCAAAGCCAGAAGUUUCUGUUGCCACUGUUGCAAAGCCAGGAGUUACAAGAGUGCCAUUUGACCCGCGGCGACUUAAAAAUGUCGGAGUGCGCAACGCUGCGUUGUUUGGUCGCGAAGUGGACAAAUGGGCUGGGGAGACUGACGUCGAGUCCACCGAGACAACGAGCAGCGACGUGGCAGUCGACAGUGCGUUGGCUUCAAAGCACGACCGUGUGCUGAACGCUCUGAAGCAGGAGGAGUGGAAACACCGCAACGCUGGUCGUCAAGACUAUUGGGACGAAACCCUGGACAUGGGCAAGGUCAAGAAGGUGAAAAAGCGCAAGGAGUUCGUUGCCAACGAAGGCCGUAAGAACGCCUUCCAGACGGCUCUGAUGCGCAAGAAAAAAGAUGCCAAGCGACAGCGCACGGCUUAGAUCUGGCAACUUUAGACACGGGAUUCCCUCAUGCACCAUACAAAAACCUUAUCAAAAAUACCUGAAACAAAAUGCCACAUUCGAUCUUUAAGGCAAAAGUGAAAAAAAAAAAAAAAAUGCAAAUGAACGGACACUUGAAACGACGC